AUGGGGUAUGGUGGUGAUCAGGGUGAUGGUAUGGGGUAUGGCGGUGAUCAGGACGCUGGUAUGGGGUAUGGUGGUGAUCAGGGUGAUGGUAUGGGGUAUGGCAGUGAUCGGACACUGGUAUGGGGUAUGGUGGUGAUCAGGGUGAUAGUAUGGGGUAUGGUGGUGAUCAGGACGCUGGUAUGGGGUAUGGUGGUGAUCAGGGUGAUGGUAUGAAGUAUGGCGGUGAUCAGGACGCUGGUAUGGGGUAUGGUGGUGAUCAGGGUGAUGGUAUGGGGUAUGGCGGUGAUCAGGACACUGGUAUGG